CUGAGGACCGAAGACUCGGAAGUGAGUAUGACUCUGGCAGCCUGCUCCUUAUAGGAGGAGAGGGUCGGCGCAGCUGGUACAGCAGAGGAUUCCACGAAUGGAUGUAAGGGGGUGGGAGCAGAGAUCAGGCACUCUCCAGAUCAACGCUCCUGCCCACUCAACGUAGCUCCUCAGGGGGAUCUUGGACCCAGCCAGGCUAGUUUUCCGGCUUCCUUCGGCUUCCAGUCCUCUCCCCUCCGGGCAAUAUAAGAAGGAGUUAACAGAGUUAACCUAGGGCAGCUUCUCCAAGGUCUGGGAGGGCUCUCCAGGCCACACAUCAUCUGCCAUGCUCAGCUGCUCUCGGAGUCCUAAGCCCUGGGGAUAGAAUGGUCCUUGCUCCCAAGGAAUUCUCGCUCUGCUAGGGGAGACAUCGGGCCAACGUGGUAGUUUCAUGGUGUGUUGUGGUGGUACCAUCUCAAAGAAUUCAAACUAAUCCAAACCUCUAACCCAAGUACAGGCAUUUAUGGAGGACUGACGCCCCUCACGAGCGGGCUAAGGCUCCAAGAAGAUACCAGCAGCUUAGUGAGAGGACACAGGCAAAUUUGUAGUGUGAUGAUGCUGAUUACGAGACAGAAAUUAAGCAUAUGAAAAAGGCAGGAGGGGUUUGUAAGGGAUUAGGUAAUGGGGAGGGGUCCCUUCUAUGACUCGGUGGUCAGGCAUCCUGGUCCUGCUGCUUCUGAUUGGCUAUUGUGGUCCUGGCUUGGGCUAACUGGGUGAUGCGAUUGUGGUGCAGUACCGGGACACACCUGUGCAAACAUGCCAAGCGCAUCUGGGGGCGGUGGCCGUAUGGAGUCUGGGGGCCCGGGGUGUGGAUUGUGUGGCGCAGUCAGGCCACGCCUGCUGUUCUGCGGGGCCCACAAGGAAGUUAGAAUGUCCUCACCAGCAGCCAUAAAACAAGUUGUAACCGGGAGAGAUGUCCCGCAGGAGGUGGGGCUUGAAGGAAGCGGGGCAGGUCAGUGGUUGGAGCGGAGGAGGGAGCGCGCUCCGGGCAUGGGGCACAGCCAGUGAACAUCCAUCCGCACAGCUGGCGAUGGAGAGUCACAUGCCUGGAGCAGCAAAGAAACGCGUAGCGCCGCGCCGCGGAGCGUGUGAUGGGCAGUGAGGCGCAAAAAGCCCGGCAAGGCGCGGGGGUGUUGGGUGGUGAAGGGCUUCGAAUUCUAGCGGCAGCUCGCCUCUGAGCCUGGAGGAGCUGGAGGGCCACUGUAGUUGGAGCAGGAGGCGAGGGAAUGACGUGAUCCAACGUGGCUUUGGAGAAAUCGCUCGGUGGCUUUAACAGUUCUCUUGCCACUGCAAAAAGGGCCGCUUUGAUUAAUUUCCAAAUGCCGGGCUUUUUUUUUGAAACUUCGUGAGUUCUAUGCACAGCAGUGGGGUCUCAGAGUCAAAGGGGCCUGGGGUCCAGCUGGGGCCACUUCCCAACUCACACAGGGUCCCCCAGGUACAGCUCCGAGCCUCGAGUGAUGCGUUACCAGACAGCCAGAGAACACGAUACGUUCAAAGCAAAGGAAAUCAAACAGGGAGAAAGAAUAUCUGCGGCCCUCCUUCCCAGGGAAGGCCCAGGGCUGACUACAUUUCCCAGAAUCCUUGUGUUCGGACUCGUGGCUUGUCAAGGCCAAUCACCACAGACUAUGUAAAAUUCUGGGAACUGUAGUGUUGUCGCUCUCUGUACGCAGGCGCAGUUCCGCUGGCGGGUUGGAGGAAGAGAGAGUGCGCACGCGCGGUUCGGGGGGGCUGUUUGGGUCCGCGGCAGAAGCUUCUGAAGACAACUGGAUCCGAUCUCUGAGAAGCUCACGCGGUGCCUAGGGGGCGCGCGACCCAACGGCCCCUCAAGCCCAAGGUCCCGAGGCCUCCUGGGAAUGGUAGUUCACAGUCUCCGGAUGCGCAGACGCAGUUCUCUCAGUUUCAGGCUGGGCUCCGGUGAGACGAGGCGGGAGCGAGUGCGCAUGCGUCUCGCAGCGAGGCUCGUGAGUGACGUGGCCGUUCAUUAUUUCUCACAAUUCCUUGGCAUCGUCCAGAAUACCAAGCAUCGAGGCGGAGAGGCGGUCACCAAAAGGUGGGGAGGUGCACCCCACUGUGAAGCUCUGCCUUCUGAAGACUCUGCCCUUCCCCGGGAUAAGCGCGGACAAGAGGAGGAGGAGGAAGAGAUGUCACCUGAGCUCCUGACAUCUGUUUACCAGGAAUCAGUGACAUUCGAGGAUGUGUGUGUGGACUUCACCCGAGAUGAGUGGGGCCACCUGAGCCCUGCCCAGCGGGCCCUGUACAGGGAGGUGAUGCUGGAGACCUUUGAGAUCCUCGUCUCCCUGGGGCUUCCAGGUUUGAAACCAGAUGUGAUCUCCUGCUUGGAGAGAGGAGAAGCUCCAUGGAUGCUUGAGGAAGAGGUCCCAAGAGACCCUUACCCAGGUUCAUUUCAUGAGGAAAAAUGUGAAACCAAGGACAUUGUCAUGAGAGCAUCAGCCAAGGAAAGACUGCAGAAGCAAGGAGUUCAUACUAGAAAGGAAUCCAAUAAAUGGAAUGAAUGUGAGAAAGCCUUCAGCCAGAAUGCACUCCUUACGUAUCAUGAGAGAAUUCUUGCAGGUGAGAAACCCUGCAAGAUUAAAGAAUGUCAGAAAGCUUUUUGUCAGUUGAGAAGCCCUAAUGACUGUAAGAGAGUUUAUGCUCAAAAGAAACGCCAUCUUUCUAAUGAAUGUGAGAAAAUUUUUACUCUACAUCAGGGAGUUCACUUUGCAAAGGAGCCCUUUUAUUGUAAUGAAUGUGGCAAAGUCUUUAGGUGGAGAUGUAAACUUAAUGCACAUCAGAGAAUUCAUACUGGAGAGAAACCCUUUGAAUGUAAUGAAUGUGGAAAAGCCUUCAGUGAGAAGGUUUGUCUUAAAAGGCAUCAGAGAAUUCAUACUAGAGAGAAAUCGUUUGAAUGUAAUGAGUGUGGAAGAGCUUUCCGUGACGAAUCUUACCUUAUGCUGCAUCAAAGAAUGCACACUGGAGAGAAACCCUUCGAGUGUAGCGAAUGUGGGAAAAACUUCAGCCUGAAGUCUUCACUUAUUUUACAUCAUAAAAUUCACACUGGGGAGAAGCUCUUUGAAUGCAAUGAAUGCAAGAAAGCCUUCCAUUACAGGUCUUGCCUUACUCUCCAUCAGAGAAUUCAUACUGGAGAGAAACCCUAUGAGUGUGAUGAAUGUGGGAAAAAAUUUAGUCUGAGGUCAUCACUUAUUAAGCAUUGGAGAAUUCAUACUGGAGAAAAACCCUUUGAAUGCAAUGAGUGUGGGAAAAACUUCAGCCGGAAGUCAUCACUUAGUUUACAUCAAAAGAUUCAUACUGGAGAAAAACCCUUUCAGUGUAAUGAAUGUGGAAAAAACUUCAGCCAGAAGUCAUCACUGGUUUCACAUCAGAGAACUCAUACUGGAGAGAAACCCUUUGAGUGCAAUGAAUGUGGGAAAAACUUCACUCGUAGGUCAUUACUUAGCAAACACAAAAGCGUUCAUGCAAGAGAGAAACCUAGUUAAUAUAAUAAAUGUAGGAAAGCUUUACCAUACAGAAUUAAUAAAUGAGAAUUCAUGCUGGAGGGUAAGGUUGAAACCCUUGAAAUAUAGUUCAUUCUUGACUUGUUAUCAGAAACCACUUGUUUGAAAGAAAUUACAUAGAAGCAAUGAAUGCAGAAAAACAUUCAGCCAAAAAAAGCACUUUACUGAACCCCAGAGUGUGCAUGAGAAACUCCAUAAGUGUAAUAAAAUGCAGCAAAGUCUUAGGCACUGAUGGAACACUUAGGAAGGCACAGAGAAUUCAUGCAGAAGAAAAAGUUGAGAAUACUAUAACGAUAGGAAGACCUUCAUGGUAUGUGGUUCAUCCCUUAUUUAAUAUCAUAAACCUCAUGCUGGAAAUGAACUGCAGCAAUGUAAAAAUGAUGGGAGCAUCCUAACAGCUUGCCUUCUGUUUAAUGCUGGAGAGUCAAGAUUGCUGACUUGAUUACAUUAUUUUGUGGUGUUUUGAGAAGGACAAAUAACAAUUUCCUUUGUUUCUCCUGAGCUCUAUGCAGUUCACAUUGGUUGCCACCAGGUGGCAGAAGAGUUGUACUAGUCAGUGCAUCAGAUAUGAUAGUACCUCUAAUCACAAUCAGACUGUCAUCUAAAAAAUCCCUUUUAUUUUUAACUCUCACUGGCAAGUUACAGGCAUUCAGAUGCAUAAGAAACCUCAGCCCAAAAUGGGUGUAUGUUGUUUUCUAACACAGUCACAAGAAAAAUCAAAGCAAAUUGGGAAAUACAUUUGUUCAUUGAACUCUUUCUUCCUCCAUUAACUUAUUUAUGCUUAAUAAUAAGUUUUAUUGAUGCCUUUUGUCUUUACAACAUGGGUCAUUUCUCCGUAGAGCUUUACCCUUCUCCAUACACUUCUCAUAAAAGUCUGAUAUCCAGCAUUGAUAGGGACCUGACAUGAAUUUAUAACAAUAGGAAUCAUUCUUCAGUAGGCAAGGUGUCAAAAUAUGUGAAUAGGCAGAUUUAAAAAAAGGAAACACAAGUUAUCCACAACCAUAUGAAAAAAAAAAAGCCAUUCAGAAUCUCUAGAAUCUAAAAGUUCUGAGAUUCUCUUCAACCUCAUGGAUUUGGCAAAGAUUGUUAAAAAUGAAAGAAUUUGAUACUGGCAUGACUAUGGUAAAUACAGGAAUGCUUUUAUACUGCUUAUAGCGUCAUGAAUUAUUUAAGAUCACAAAAAAUCAUUUGUAGUAAAAGUCUGGAUAUGUUUUAUAUUUACUUAGUUGUAAAUGAUUUUUCCCUUUCCUUUUAAAAAAUAUUAUUGAUAGCUUUUGUUUCUUCAUUUCCCAACGUGUUUCCCUCGCUCCUCUCAGAUAGCUAUCAUUGUCCAUUUGUAAAUGGGAAAUAGUCCAUGGUUGGGCUGUCCCAUUAUGAUGAAAAUAAUAAUACUUUAAUUACACAUUUGGUGCUCUACCAAUGAAAACACUGAAGAAUUACUUUGUAGCCCUAGAUAAAAUAAUAACCUUAGUUUGGAGGGAGAAAAGGUCUAGAAUCAUAGAGGAAAUGAUGGGGGAUAAAAUGUAAGCAUGAAGAAGACGUAGCCAUUCUAGAUCUCAAAUUGUGUACCAGAGUAGUAGUCAUCAAAACCAUUGGUACUGAUUACAAAUCAAAAAAGCUCAUCGGGGGAACAGACUUAGAGAAGCAGGAAUCAGAAACAGUUCAGUGAGAAGGUGCUAGUGGGACCAGUUGAGCUAUGACUGCCAAGUCAACCCGUAACGUGGGUAAUAUGGGUGCUAUGACUUUUUUUCUCAAUGUGCAGAAAGAUAGGGUUAUUAUUUCGGGUUUUUAUUAUUGCACACACCUUCCUUUGGUUUUUCUGUUUGCCUCACUCAUUUGUUCAUUGUACAUGCUUUUAUAAUCUGUUCCUCUUACAGCUUCUCCAUACAACAAAAAUAAAAAUACCUUAAUUGUAAGCAUGCACGGUCCAGCAGAACCAGUUCCCAGAGUGGCCAGGCCAUCACAUG